AUGGAGGAGGCUUUUAUGAUCUCCAGGAGAUACUGUGUCAUCAGUUUGCCUUUGGCCAUUGUGUGUCUGGAUCCCGUUCCAGUUCAGUUCAAGAAGACACCGGUGUUGGUGGCAUCAGGGAAAGAUGCCGUCUUCACAGUACAGACGGUGUCUGAUGUGUCCCUCAUCAGAUGGAGCAACUGCGCUGGCCAUGUGGGGAGCCCUGACGUAAUGUCCGUCCCGCAGUACCAGGGCAGGAUCUCUGUUACCGCCACUCAGCUCAAAAUCACCAACAGCCAGAUUCGCGAUUCUGGAAACUACAGCGUCUCGGUCGAACCCUCGUCGACUUGCACCUCUGGACUCGGUGUGAACACCCGUUCAGUGCAGCUCAAGGUGUUUGAUGCAGUGAACGGAGUGAGUUUGUCUCUGCCCUCUCUGCCGCUGGAAGGUGGGAACGUGUCUCUGAGUUGCAGCUGGUCUGCGGGUUCAGAGGUCAGUGUGGUUUGGGGUAAAGGAGGCACUGCUCUGUCCUCUGACAGCCGCAUUACUAUCAGCACUGGAUCUCUGCUCAUCAAACAGGCCAGGAGAGAUGAUGUAGGAGAAUACACAUGCACCGUCAGCAACACCGUCAGCGCUCAAACCGCCAAGGCCACCCUCAGUGUCUACUAUGGUCCAGACGCCCCACAGUUGACUAAGACCUCAAGCGAGUGUGUUGGCGGUGGAGAUGCUACGGUCGGACAGACGGUUCGUCUCACCUGUACGUCUGCCCCUCUACCUCCUGCCUCCUUCUCAUGGGAACUUAACGACCAGCCGGUGACCGCCGGCCAAUCAGGGAGCUUCUGCAACAAAGAAACGUUGAUCAGAGACUCAGAGAUAAUAUUGGACUUCAGAAAACAAACCAGAAUGACAACUGCAAACAGAGCCUUUGUCAAUGGAAACCACCCUGAUCCCACAUUACACAACUCACUCCCACAAAACUUCACCGCCAUUCCCAAUAACAACAAUGGGAACAUCAACACAAUGUCACAAAACAUGCCCAGCAACUCCAACCCACUCCAUCAUAAUGGCCAUUUGAACACUGAUGUAUUCCAACACCGCUUCAGCACAGUCCCAGACAAUGGGCAUCAAAACAAUUCAUAUCCAAACAAUGACCCUCAGAGGUCAUUCCCACAGUCUGUCCAACACAAUCCCAAUAUUCUCAUACAAACGGGCAAUUCUCAGCCUGGUGCGCUUGCGCCUACAGUUCAUGAAAACCUCAACACCUUGCCAUGUAAUGACCAGUUUAAUAAUUCACAACCUCAAAUGGUGCAUGUCAACUUGAACACAUACCCUCCAAAAGCAAAUCAGAUGGUCCAGCAACAUGCAGAAAGUGCACUACAGAUUCAACAUAUUAACAGCAACCAUCAAAAUCAUUCUCAGAAUGGCUUGCUGAACUCUGACCCUUUGACAUUGAGUAAUCAGACACAAAAUAGGGAUCGUUCUGCUCCGAGAUACCGGGAAACUGAAUCUUCAGGAAGGUUGACCCAAGCUGCUCCUUCCCCCCAAAGAAGAGACCUCCAGAGACCAAUCGUACCUAACCACUCUCAAAUGCACCCAAAUGUGCAAAGACAAUCAACCCAACAGAAUUUAAGCACACAACCGCAAGUCCAAUCUCAAAUCCAGACCGCAAUACCUCAAACCAAAACCUCUCAGGUUCAGAAUCCAAUCCCCAUUGGUCUACCAAGGGGAAUGACCAUACCUCAAACACAAACUGGCACCAGACCAAAUCAGGCCAUGCCUCAGCCAUCUGUUCCUCUUACUGAAGCUGCACUACGCCAACACACCGCCCAGACCGAUAACGCUUUCACCAACCGGAUCCAGCAGACUCCAGCUGCCUUGCAGAACCCUGGACCUUCUCAACCCAUACAGCAGCUCAACAUAGCAGGCCAGAGGCCUCCUAUUCCACCUCCGGUGCUGCGGCUGGAUGAGUUCCAGAAACUUCCAUGUGAACGCAUGAAGCAGCCGCAAACCAUCCAGCCUGUGAACGUGCAACGUAGACACAGAUCUCCAAACGUGCACAGGCAGAAUCGAGUGUUGCAUACGAGCCCUCAGCGAAUGCCGGGAGUGAAUCCCAUGCAUCAACCAUGCAUUGGACACCCAACCCAUAUGCGACAGCUGUCACGUAGGCAUGUGAAAGCCGCGGCUGUUGAACAGGACACUGUGUGA